AUGCAGAAGGGCAUAAGUGAAAACUUUACAAUGAAUCAUAAUUUCAGUAUAGAUGACGUGAGAUUUUAUGUUUUACCACCACUUGGAGAAAUUAAUUUUAAAGGGAAUGUGCGAGAAGAAGUAUUUAUCAUUUUUGAUAUUAGGAAUUAUCAUAAAAUGAUCAUAUCCAAUAACCAUUAAAAAGUAUUGCUAAUGAACUUAUUGAAAAAACAAUCCCUAUUAGAUAAAGCUGGGUUCUAUCGAAACAGGCACAUCAAUUUAAUUUGCCACCCUCUUAUUUUAAAUAAAAAGUUGUUAUCCAAAGAAAUAAUGAUAAGCAUCUAAUUCAAAAGGAAAUAAACUAAAAUGAUUUUGUUCCUUAUUUAGAUUUUGAUAAUCAUCAAUUAAAUUAAAUAAGACGAGAAGGUGUUUUUGAUGUCUGUUCAAAGAAUAAUCCAAACAUAUAAUACCGAUGGAUUGUUUCAAGAUGGGUUGUAAAAGGAACCAAGAAUAUAAGAAAUACUUUUUAUAAAGAUAUGUUAAAGGCUUAAGAUUAUGUAACAGGCCUAGGAGAUUUUAUAUAUUCUGAUUUAAACUUUGAUAGUUUAUGGAACUAUUCAAUCGUCCACGGGCUAUAUACGAUUAUUAAGGUAAAAACAGUAAUGAUUUAACUUAGAAAACUUUAUUGAUUCCAUCACUAUUUAUUGGAUAUAGAGAGAUGAUUAUCAAUAAUUCUGAAAAUUAAGCAUAAAUUUAAGUAGAAAGAUAAAGGUAAUUGUCUUUAAGAAAUAAGAAUUUGAAUUUUUCAAUAUAUUAAUAUCUCUACCAUACUCCAGAAACUUCAUCUGCAACUUAAUUCAAGGUUGAAGAUCUAAAGAAUCAACUAAAAUAGUUUGAAUAAGACUGUUGGAAAAUAGUUGCAUUAUUGAGCGACAAAUAUAUCAAUCGAUAAAGUCAAAAUAUUUAUGAAUAGAGAAAUUUGGAAGAAAAAUAUCACAUUAUUUAUGAUUAAAAUAAGGACAUUGAAGAACUCAUAAACGAAUAGCUUAAUAAUGCUCAAAGAAGAUUUGUGCAAUAAAAUAGCUUGGAUAUGCCUGAAGGCGCUCUGAAAUAGAUUUUAGACAUUGCUGAAUGUUAUCAAUUGCAAAGAUAUUAUAAAGACUUACUGAAAGUAUAGUUAUUUGAAUAAUAAUAGAAUUCACUUGCAGACUAUGAAAAUUAGGUGACAGAAUAAUAUGAAACAUAGUUUUUCUUCUUAAAUAAACCAGGCCAUCGAAAAUAAUACAUUGAUGAAAAGUUAAAGAUUAGAAAGAAGAAUUUAAAGUACCAAUAUUUCAAUUAAAUGAUCUAAGAAUUAGCCUAAUAGAAUAUUCUUGAUAGAAAUAUAUUUUUAGAAUUUACUGAGAAUAAGAAAAAGUAUAAGAGAAAAGUAAAAGAAUUUGUAAAAUAGAAGAACUAAAGACCAAACAUUACCUUUGUUAUGUUUAUAUUUUGAAAUAAUUUUAGAACUCGUUUUGUUUUGCCUCCUUAUCCAAUAAUUUAAGAAGGGAAUAAAUUUCAAUUUGUUAAAGAGGUGAGCUAUGAGGUAACCUCGAGAUAUUAUGGUUGGAAAUUAAAUAGUUUAUGCAUAAUAUACUUAACUUUAAUCUCUGAUAGCUACUACAUAUUUUAUCAAUUAGGAAUAAUGGGAUCUUUUGGACUUAAUGCUUUAUUUUCAAUAAAACCAUUUUACAAUAAUUAAAGAAUAAAUGAGUUAACCGGGGAAGUGAUAGAAGAUUAAUUAGUUUAAACUAUUUGCUCGACUUUAAAUUUAGUAUACAAAGGUAUGAGAUAAUCAAGGUAGAAAUUUGAAGAAUUAGAGGAUUCUGGGCUAUUUGGUAAAGGUUGCUAAAGAAUUUAUAAUUUGCUUGAAGUAUAUGUAGUUCGAUUCUUAUUUGUUGGAGUGUUUUACACAUUGAUUUUGUAACCAAUGCUAAUCCUUUUCUUCUCAGCAUUUUUAUUCUUCCUUUUCAUUACAUCAUUCAUUUGGGCCUUUUUUGUUGCAGUAUUAAGGUAGUUUAUAUUUAAAAUAAUAAUAGAUUGAUGAUUUGUUUGUUGAUAUAUGAUUUUGAGACAGCAUUUAGAAUAGAAUUCAAGGAAUUAAGUUAUAUUCAUUUUAUUUUGCCAUUAUUUAGAGUUUUCUUUGAUAUAAUGAUAGGAAUGAUGGAAAUAGUAGCAUGCUUGAUAUGUUUAGUGAUUUUACCUUUAUUUGCUUUACUAGUAAUAUUAUUUGGAAUUGUACGAUAUAUUAUUCGAUCUAUGUAUGAUUGUUUCAUGAUGACAGUAAAUAUUCAAAUGAUUGUAAAUAGUUUGUCUAUUGUUGUGGGAGAGUCCCUCGUCGUUCUGGAUGUUUAGUGUGGAGACUUGGAGGAGACAACGGGUAGAAAAAGAUAGUUUAUAAUUAUCAUAAAGUAAUAUGACAUCUUAAAUUAUCUAUUAGCUAUCAAGUGAAGAAUUCUAGAUUUUGGCUGCUAGAGAGAUAGAAAAAUACAUUAUUCAAGAAUAUCAGAAUCGUUUAAUAAUAAAUAUCUAAAAACCAGAAAAAGAAAUAAAUAGAGUUUUGUAACCAUUUUUCAAACAUUUCAAUGCCAAUUACUAAUUAGAAGAUAAAAAUUCAAAACUUCUUCAAGAAUAACUAGCUGCAAAAGUUGCCAAUCUUAACUAAAAUCAACCUGUAUUGGAUACAGAAACUAAAAAAUACAUUAAGUUCUCUGAAAAUGAACUUGCAGAGAUAAAACACUUUUUGAAGUUAUUUGUGAUUGAAUAACUCAAUCUAAAAAACAUGCAUUCCUAUAUUUGGAAAUAGACAGGCUUAUAAAUUGGUUAAUUCUCAGAAUUGGUAGAUAAAAUUUUAACUUAAAUAUUUGGCAAUGAAAUUUUAAUACCAAAUAAAGAAAUAAUUCAAGAAGCUUAGUUUGUAAUAUUUUAUUAAUUCAAAUUAGAAAUUAGAGAAAGAAAAGGGAUUUGGUAAAUAGAUAGAAAGGGCAAUGAAUGGAGAGGUAAACUUAAACAAACCAGUUAAAUAUGUCUUAGAAUAAAAACAAGAUAUAAAGUUGCAAAUAACAAAGAAGGUUUAUAAAAUAUUUAUCCCUAUUUCUGAGGUACUAAACAUUAUUCUACAUUUAGAUGCUUGAUAAAAUAUGGUCUGCUUAGUAAACAUAAUAAGAAUGGAGUUCUUUAAGCAAUAAGGAUUUAAGAUUUUUAUUAAAUUAUUCCUUAAAAAACGAAUGA